CAUAGUUGGAUCACAACAAACAACUACAGUUCCGUGGGCGAUAUCCCCAACGUUUAACUGCUAUAUUAGCCAAUAUUAUUCUGAAUUGUCCUGUAAUACGUUGAUUUGUAUUAUCUUUAUAUGACAAGUCAUGCAACACGACAAGGAUUCCAAGGCAACAUUUUACACUUGUAGUUGUUUUAGCACUGACAAUGUUUUCCUCGAGGAGUUCAAACUUCAUGUCAGAUUUCUAUCCGAGSACCAGUUUAGAUCUGAUUAUCAAGCGGUGUUAAGUAAUCUUGGCUGCUCCACUGACACAGAAUUCAAGGACCUCCUGAAAAAGAUUGAGAAAGAAGUUGAAAGGCGCAGGAGCCUUGGUGUGAAGUCAGCUGAGAGAGCUGCAGCCAUUAAGGAGAUUUAUAAACCACUCCAUGACCAUGUCUACCAUCUCCAUGAGUCCUAUAUGGCCCCAGAGUUUAAACAGAUGGUGGAUUAUUGUCGAAGUGAUGAGGCCAGUAAAGAGGGACUGUUGAGUUUAAUGCAGACAGAAGCAGCGGGAAGGGUCUUCCGCUUUCCUGUGUUCAAGAAAAUCUUCUGUGAUGAGCUGAUAGAAGAGAUGGAACACUUUGAACAAUCUAGAUCGCCCAAGGGCAGACCGAAUACCAUGAAUAACUAUGGGAUCCUCCUGAACGAGUUAGGGUUUGACGAAGGCUUCAUCAUCCCUCUCCGUGAGCAGUAUCUGCAGCCUCUCACAUCUCUGCUCUACCAUGACUGUGGGGGAUGCUACCUGGACAGCCACAAGGCCUUCAUGGUGAAAUAUGACAUGCAUGAAGACUUGGACCUCAGCUACCACUACGACAACGCAGAGGUCACUCUCAACGUGUCUCUGGGGAAAGAGUUCACGGAGGGGAAUCUCUACUUUGGUGACAUGAGACAGGUGCCUCUGAGUGAGACAGCAUGUACAGAGGUAGAGCACAAAGUGACGGAGGGUAUCCUCCACAGAGGACAACACAUGCACGGUGCCCUGCCCAUCUCCUCUGGCCAGCGCUGGAACCUCAUCGUCUGGAUGAGAGCCUCACAGGAGAGGAACAAACUGUGCCCCAUGUGCAACAAGAGGCCCACCCUGGUCGAAGGAGAGGGUUUUGCAGACGGCUUCACGAGUGACAUAGGGAUGUCUCUUCUACAGAAUGUAUAAUGUGUCCUGCAUUAACUUAAUGCUGCUGGUCCAUCUGUAUUUGUGUAUGUUAGUGUGACUAUUGUCUGGAUGUUUCCUUAUCGUAGAGAUUAUCGCAUGUGCCAAAGAAGAGUUGUGGAGAGGAAACGUGAUAGACAUUAGGAACAUCGGGAGGCUCAUCACUACUUCUACAAAACKCCUCACUACAAACGUCAUUAUGCAGUGUCACAUGUAUUCCUAUAUUUCCUAAAACAUCAUGUCCAUACAAAAAAUGUGUUGCUAGUGAAUUGAAUGGUAUUUUGUCCAGGUAGGGGUAUUUCAUAUCCAAAAGCCAGUGUUUAUAGACACUGGGGGAGAACCUGAGCUUUUGCCUUCCCCUUUAUAGCUUACUUUUAGUGGCCUUGCUCCUGUUUCUUGUUCACAGAAAGUUGACAAGAUUUUUUAUCUGUACAAUUUAUAAAUCAUGUAAAUAUACUGAACAAAAAUAUAAAACAUGACAUGUAAA